ACCCCGCCUCCUGACCCCGGUUCGGCCCGCGGCUCUCUCCCGGUCACUCUCUGGGUCGUCCCGUACUUCCUGCCCUCCCGCCUUCCUUCCUCUUCGGCCCUCUACCUCGACCUCUCGCACGCCGGGCCAGCACUCAGGGGGUACUGUUUCCGGGUCAGGGUGACCUGCGGGGAGAGCCCAGCGUGGCUGGGAACCGGCUUGGCCGUGCACCCCUCGCCGUGCCAGCGCUCACGCGUGGGAGACCGGCCUGUGAGCCGCCGACCCGGAAAAGCCCCCGUGUUCAGUCUUCCCCAAGGGCAAUGUGCCGGCUUCCUGCCUUCCCUCCACGGGCCUCGCACCUCUCGGGCCCUGUUUGCCCAACAUCCAAAUCCCUGCCCACCCAGCUCCCACCUGCAGCAGUUUAGAGCGCCGCACAGGACGCCCGCCACCGGGCGUGGGAUUGCGUAACCUGAAAGCUCGCGCGCGUGCUGUUUUGCUCAUCUGUGCAGUGGGUAUGAUUUUUUAUCCGUCAGCACAUUCUAGGGUUUGGUUUUCACCAUGGCCAUCACUCAGUUUCGGUUAUUUAAAGUUUGUACCUGCCUAGCAACAGUGUUCUCAUUUCUAAAGAGAUUAAUAUGCAGAUCUGGCAGAGGAAGGAAAUUAAGUGGAGACCAAAUAACUUUGCCCACCACAGUUGACUAUUCGUCUGUCCCGAAGCAGACGGAUGUGGAGGAGUGGACUUCCUGGGAUGAAGAUGCACCCACAAGUGUAAAGAUUGAAGGAGGGAAUGGCAAUGUGGCAACGCAGCAGAACUCUCUGGAACAGCUGGAACCUGACUAUUUCAAGGACAUGACACCAACUAUACGGAAGACUCAGAAAAUUGUCAUUAAGAAGAGAGAACCAUUGAACUUUGGUAUCCCAGAUGGGAGUACAGGUUUUUCCAGUAGAUUGGCAGCUACACAAGAUAUGCCUUUUAUUCAUCAAUCUUCAGAAUUAGGUGACUUAGAUACCUGGCAAGAAAAUUCCAAUGCAUGGGAAGAGGAGGACGAUGCAGCCUGGCAAGCAGAAGAAGUUCUGAGGCAGCAGAAAAUUGCAGACAGAGAGAAGAGAGCAGCAGAACAGCAAAGGAAGAAAAUGGAGAAGGAAGCGCAGCGUCUGAUGAAGAAGGAGCAAAACAAAAUUGGCGUGAAGCUUUCCUAACACAGGCUGGCCCUCAUGCCCCAGUGCCAGUGGGAGGGGUCUGGGCCCGCGCCUGUGCCACAAGCACUUGUGUGGACUGGAGCGAGCUUUC